GCAAAAAGUUUUCCGCGAAAGACGGUUGGUCGAACGACUCGUCCUCCGCUUUGUCCAUCCUCCAUUACCGUCGCGGUCUACGCGAUGCGAAAGCAUUCAAACUCGUAGUACGAACAACCCAAAUCCCAUCCACCCUCCCCCUACCCCAACUCCUAAAACCCUAGCCUGCCACCACCCCGUCCCCUAGCAGGCUUCCCUACCCACUACUGCUUCCCUCCGUCGCCACCCGCCACCGCUCCAAGCCGAGUGCCGAGAUGGCUUCCGCCUCGCCGUCGUGGGCCAUCCUGGGCAGCGUGCCGCGGGUGCUGGCUGCCGACGCCGACCUCCCUCCGGGCGCCGACCUCUCCCUCGCGCUGCCGGAGCCACCGCGCGUUGCGAUCCUCACCAUCCCCCCGCGCAUCUUCCCGGGCCGCACCACCUCCAGAAGCUUCCCUUCCGUCCGCGCCGUCGACGCGUCCGGCCUCCUCCUCCUCCACGCCGACCAAGGCCCCGCCAAGGGCCCCACCGUCAUCGACCUCCCCAGCCGCCGGGAGUCCUGCUGGCGCCCAAACGUCGCGGGAUACUUCGUCCUCGACGCCAAAUCCGCGUCCGCCCUCCCGCUUCCCAACCCCGAGUACAUCAUGCACCCGGGCCACCUCGGCCUCAUCGCCUCCCCCGCCGACGCCGGCCACUACAUGGUCGCUGAGCUCCAGAUGAUCCUCGGCGGCGACCGUGCCGACCUCCUCUGCUUCUCCUCCGAAGCCGGGGAAUGGGUCACCAAGGACGUCCGCUACCCGCUUCCAUCCCGCCCCUUCAGCCCCAACGGCGUCGUCUCGCACUCCGGGAGGCUUUGGUGGGUCGACCUCUCCUGGUGCCUCCUCACGUGCGACCCCUUCGCCGACGCGCCGGUGCUGAGGGUCGUCCCGCUUCCGGAGGGCAAGGCGCUCAAGUCCAGGGAAGCUUGGGGACUGCUCGACAAGUACCGCUGCGUGGCUGUCAGCGGCGGCAAGCUGCGGUUCGUGGACAUGUACAGGAACCGUAACAGCGGCGGCUCUGCUCAGAUCGGCGUCUGGACGCUCGCCGAUCCGGACUCCACGGAGUGGACGCUGGAGUAUGAGGCCACCUUUACAGAGAUCUGGGACGACGCAAGCUACAAGGCGAUUGGUCUGCCCAGGAAGAUCCCCGUGCUUGCGCUCAUCCACCCUACGAACCCCGACGUGGUCUACUUCUUUCUGGACGAGCACCUGCUCGGCGUGGACGUGCGUGCUCGCAAGGUUGUGGAGUGUGAGGUCUACGAGCUGGUUGCGCCACCUAGCCAGCACGUGGGCACCCGUUUCGUUCAUGCUUGGCAGCUGCCACAGGCUCUCUGCUCAGAUGAUGAUGUUACGUGUCCUUUUCAAUCGUCUCGUGUCCCCAAACCAGUAUGCAAGUUCUUCCUUACAUUACAGGGUUGUAAAAAUGGCAACUCUUGUUCAUUUUCACAUGAUUGUGGCUCCUCAAACUCGAAAAAUGGAGAUGGGCAUGAAGUGGAGUCUGGUUCAGGGACAAAUGGUAUUAACCUGUUAGAUGAAAUAAAUGUUUUCAUUAGGCAUGGGGGCCCAACCUUAUCACUGCAGGUGAAGUUGGAUGAACCCUCGAAGCUCAUGAUGAACACGCUUCGAACUAGAACAAGGAAUUAUUUUGCUGAUAUAUAUGUCUGUUAUGGGCUGAAAGUUAUACACCCUGAUCAUACACUGAGAUCUUAUGGUGUGUUAAACAAUUGCACCAUCAAGCUUUCAGGAAGGAUCCGAGGUGGACUAAUAAUAUUUGCUAUUCUCCUUAAGAGAAAACAUGAUGGACUUCUUGGAAAUGAAUUGAAAAGGUGGAACACAUGUAUACAUCAGGCAAUGGUCCCUGUUGAAUUUGAAACAAGUUUGGAUAAGGUUCCUGUGUUUGAAGAUGUUUUUAAGGCGGCGGCGGAACGGAAGGAGGAAUAUUCAAAGACCAAAUUUUCUGCAUUUCGUCUCUCUAAAGAUUAUCCAGUACAUGUCCUUAGCCAUAAGAACGUUACAACUAAAGAAAAUUCAGUUUCCACUACGGUUGAACGUUUUGAAGACGACAGCGGUCUGGAGCUGAUGCUGGCAGCCCACAUGCCACAAUAUCUUGCUACCUUACACCAGUCACUUAUAGUUGAGGGUGUUGAUAUCUAUAGAGAACUCAGCCAUGUUAUUGUCCGAUGCGAGGAAUGCAUGAUAUCUGAUCCUUUGUUAGUGAUAUCCACUUUCAAGAAUGGGAUUUGGGGCUCGCAAGAUAAAGGUAGCACUUCGACUGGUGGCGCACCCGCUGCGCAAGUGGCCCCCGCUGUGCAAGUGCCCCCCGUUGCGCAAGUGCCUCCAUCCGCUUGGCAGGUGCCUUUGGUUCACAGACCGCAAGCGCCAGCGCCUAGGGCUGGCCCACCGGGCGCGCAAGCGCCAGCGCCAAUGGCUCGCCCACCUCGCCCAAGUGCUUGGCAGUCUGGAACUAAGACCUUAGCCCAUCGCCGGUCUUAAAGCUGUAGCCCAAUACAAGUUCAAUGAAUGCUUGAACAAAGAUUUCUUAAGUGUAGCACUUGUUGCAAACAAUACAUAAUUUGUCAUUAAUUUAAUUCCUUUACCUAGUACGUACAAGAGCAGGUUAAACAGGCAAAUGGUUUUCUUCAUAAGCAUGCAGUAUAGAUUCACAAAGGAGCAGAUUGAUAGCACCCAUCCUUGUAUAAUUAGCAUGCAAAGGAAAACAUCACGUAACCAGCUAGGACUAUCUACCAUACUAGUGUCGGCAGAGUAGCAGUACAGACAGAUUAACACAAAGAUACUGAAUCUACCGAACACACAGGACAUGGCUGAAACCACUAGCAGCAGGAACAAAAAAAACAGUCUAAAGCACUAGAUAAACCUGAUGGAGAAUCGGCUAGAGCAUGGACAGAUUUAUCUUGUGUUCGUGGAUGGAACAAAAAAAACAGUCUAGACGUCGGUGCACUUGGUGUUCGUGGAUGGAGUUUGUCGGAGACGAUCUCGUAGAGGAAGCAGCGGUGGCGGAGACGAUGUCGACGAGGACGUCGAGGAAGCAGCGGUCGCCGGAGGCGAUGUUGUCGAGGACGUCGACGAAACAGCCGUCGCCGGAGAUGAUGACGUCGAGGACGCCGAAGGAGCGGUCGCGCGGACGCUGCCCAGAAAACUCUAGACCGCCCCCGUGCAGGGUCGAAGGAUGCGGCCGGAGUCACGGAGACACCGCUCGCCGGGCUGCCGUUGCACGACGGACAGCACGGCCGGCUUCGUUCAGACGGCGGCUCAGCACUUGUGGUAUGUGAGGAAG